AGUCGUGCUGCACAUUCUGCAUAACAUGCACGAACUCGCUUGCUAGGGCCCCCUAGGCCUAGUUCCAGCGGAAUUUAGUUCGGACCAACUAGCCUAACUGAAAAUUAGUUGUAUUUACAUAAUAAUGACAAAGUGGUCCAAAUUUAACAUGCGAAUAAAUAGAAAAGUGAUGUGCAUUGUAAACAGAUUUCUUCAUCAAGACUGUUCAUCUGUUUGGGAAAGUGUCGUUGGACUCGAAAUUCAUGCUCAGAUCAACUCCCACUCCAAGUUGUUCUCGGGUGCUGGGACAAAGUUCAUGGUGGCACCAAAUUCUCAAGUAGCCUUUUUCGAUGCAGCUUUACCUGGGACAUUACCGGUUUUGAAUCGUCGUUGUGUUGAAGCUGCAAUAUUUACUGGUCUGGCUUUGUCAUGUACCAUCAACCGAGUGUCAUUCUUUGACCGAAAGCAUUAUUUUUAUGCUGAUAUGCCUGCUGGCUACCAAAUAACACAAAAUAGGGUUCCAAUUGCGAUUGACGGCAAAUUGCAAUUCCCUAUCAGUUCAGAAAAGGGUAAUAAAACGCCGAUACAGAAGACGGUGCAUGUGCGUCAAAUCCAACUUGAACAGGAUAGCGGAAAAAGCUUACACGAUGACGACAACCAGCAAACCUUAGUUGACCUCAAUCGUGCUGGUAUGGGCUUAAUGGAGAUUGUAACAGAGCCAAACCUGAGAAAUGGAUUGGAGGCAGCAGCUAUGGUGCGAGAACUCCAGCUCAUCCUGCAGACAAUUAAGACUUGUAAUGCUAAAAUGGAAGAGGGCUCCCUUCGUGUUGAUGCCAAUAUUUCUGUGAAUUUACCUGGGCAACCAUUUGGAACUAGAGCAGAAGUCAAGAAUAUUAAUAGCAUACGCAAUGUUAAAAAUGCCAUAGAUUAUGAAAUUGCCAGACAAAUCCGCUUGCUUGAAGAAGGCAUCGAGAUUGUGGCAGACACUAGAUAUUUUGAUGUCAAAUUAGGGAAAACAGUUUCUAUGCGGGAUAAGGAGACUAGUCUCGAUUAUCGCUUCAUGCUGGAGCCAAACCUACCCCCUCUCAGAGUUUAUGACGAUGAUUCUAUAGAAGAGGCACAAAACCCAUCUAAUGCAAUCAAUAUAGACAACAUAGGAAGGUCUUUACCUGAACUACCAGAAGCAAAGAGAUUACGAUUUAUAAAGCAAUACAAAAUUAGCAGCCACAGUGCAGUUGUCUUGGUGAGUGAAAAUGAACUAGGUGAUUUCUUUGAGAAAGUUAUGACUAGUGGGAGGAGCUUAGAGACAAAGAAAGUAGCUGAUUGGCUAAUAAAUGACCUAUCAAAGGUUACAAAUCAAAAUGAAAUAACUGUCUCCCAGUGUUCACUUACCCCAGAUGAUUUCGCUGACAUUGUUCAAAAUGUGUCUGAUGGCGUAAUCUCAGCUGGCAUUGGCAGGCAACUAUUAAACCUCAAAGUUAAAGGAGAUUCAAGAUCAGUUACUGAAAUAAUUGAAGUUAAUGACUGGAAACAGCUGACGGAUAGGAACACUAUACAAGAUAUAUGUCUCAAAGUGAUUCAAGAAAACCCAGAACAGGUUCAGAUAUACAGAUCUGGGAAUAAGAAAGUUAUACAUCGUCUCAUGGGUGUUAUACAAAAGAAGACCGGAGGAAAAAUUCAACCGCAACUUGCAAUCUCCAUACUGGAAACACUGCUGGACCAAGACACGUAGCUAAUUGUGAAUGCAAUAAUUCAUAUUAUUUGGUAGACACGUACACAGGAUGGUGCAAUUUAAAUGCUCUGUCUACAUUGGG